CCGAUGGAUUUGGGAGGGGAGGAUGCGGAGGAAGACGCGGUAGCUGCCAUCAGGCCACGGGAGGAGAAAGAGGAGGAGGGAGAGUUACUGGAAGAGGGGGUGGUAGAGAUCAGGGACCAGGAAGAAAUGGUAGAACCAAUGGAUAUAGGGGAGGAGGGGGAGAAAGAGGGAGAAGGAGGUCUCAAAGAGCCGGAAGACACCAGGCAGCAGAGAGAGGAUCCGUCAGACAAAGAGGUAGAAAAGAUGGACUUGGGGGAGGAAGAGGAGGAGGUGGAGGUAGAGUCCUCAAAGGAGAUGGUUGAGACUGAGGACGAGCUGGAGGAGCAGAUAAAGGAGGUGUUCCAGAAGGGCUUGCUGCCGGACGGAGCCCAGGACGAGGAACGCCAGACGCCGCAGGGCGUCAUCAGCAUCUGCUCAGUGUCGGAGGUGAAAAUGGUGGAGCGCAGGACACGGAAGCGAGUCACUAUUGUGGAGGAGAGCUGGCGACGGCAGGAGGAGAUGGAGGAGGGCCAGUGGCAGACUAGAAAGGUGGAGAAGCGAGAGGAGGAGGUGGCGGUCAUGGACUGGGUUGGAGUAGCAGAGGAAGGGACGCUCAGGCAGGAAGUCAACGUUGAGGAAAGAUAUGAGGAAGAGAAGUCGAUGGCUCGUAGUAUGCCCCGAGCCCCGAAGGCCAAUGAAGAUGAUUGGUUUGUGCUCCUGGACCGCCCUCCAUACCUUGCAGUUCCAAUUGCUCCAGCAUCAUUUGAGCAGGGUGCUCAGAGACAUCCUGCUGUCAGCCCCUCUGCUGGUACUGGCGUGACAACCGCUGGGCAGACAGAGGAGCGAAGGGAGGUUGUAGCUGAAGAGAUACAGGUUGAGCUGGAAGGGGAGAGCCUGCCUCCGGAGAUGCAGGAGAAACCAGCCCAGACGCUGCCUCAGAGAGUCGACGACUGGUUUAUCCUGCUUGGUGUUGUUCCCAGAGUAUCAUCUGUAAUGCCAUCAGGCAUCUCCUUUUCAUCAGUGUCUGUGGAUCAGCGUGUUCGGUUCUCUCCAAAAGAAACCGUCUCUAUGGUCGAGGAGUUAGAGGCGGAGACGAGAGAGGUGACAGUUGAGGUGAUUGAGCUACAAGAGCGGGAAGAGAGGCGUCCGUCCGAAAUCACACCGCCGCUGCCUCUGAGAGCGAUGGAAGACGAUUGGUUUGUGUUACUGGAUGUUGUUAGCCGAGAGCUAACACAUGUAGCCCCAGCUGCACUGGUGGAGCCUGUCAGAGAAGACACUAUCUCAACAUUAACUGAGGUGAACAUCAUUGAGAGACGAGAGGCGAGAAGAGAAGUUGUCCCUGAAGAGAGAGAAAUACCGCAAGAGCAGGCCAGGCCACAAAUGAUCCACCCACAACCAGUGAGGGAGAUGGAAGAUGACUGGUUUGUGCUAUUGGAUGUGAUUCCAAGAGAACCAUCAUAUGUACCUCCAGUUGCUUCGGUGGAGCGUGUCACAGAAGAAACCAUCUCUAGGGUGGUUGAAGAGAAGAGAGAAGUUGUGGUUAAAGAGAUCAAGUUACAAGAAGAAGAGGACACGCUUGUUCUGGAAACGACCCAAUCACAGCCAGUGGUAGAGAGAGAUGACUACUGGUUUGAAUUGGUGGAUGUUGUUCCUAAGGAACCGGUUUAUGUACCUCCAGGUAUUAUUCCCAUCAUCCCUUGCUCUGCUUCGCAUUCACCAGAACACCCAUUUUCUGUGCUCAUUGCUGUCAGCCCAUUGGCUGUCUGUGACCUGCGAUAUUUGAUGGAUCUUUGUCUCUGCUCAUCAGUGCUUCUUGAGAGGCCUGUUCAGGUGAUCAAGUCCACCGUGACUGAGUCUAGAGAGGAGAGGAUGGAGGUUGGAGUUGGGAUGAUAAUGGUACAAGUGGAAAAUCAUCCACCGCCAAUCGCUGUGGAGCAGACUCAACUGCAGCCAAUCAGAGAGAGAGAUGAUGACUGGUUCGUCCUGUUGGAUGUGGUUCCCAGAGAACUGAUUGUCGUACCUCCAGUUGUUCCUGAGGAACGUGUUCAGGCCUCUCGAGUUGUGACUGAGACCGUCUCUGUGGUGGAGAUGGUCACCAUAGAGAAGAGAAUACAGAAGAAGGUGCAAAUUGUAGACGAGAGCUUCCAAACCGAGUCUCUACCAGUCCAGAGGUCUCCCCCAUUUGAGAGGGAAGGAGACGACUGGUUUGUUCUGUUUGAGGCUGUCCGUGACGAACCAUCCGUGGUCCCACCAGUUGGUCUGGAUGAGCAUGUUGUCGUGUCAACCAUAGAACCAGAACCAAGCGUAGCCACGGUAGAAGUGGAGAGAAUGCCUCAAGAGACUGUGGCACCUCCUCUGGCCCGGCCCCAGGAGACUGUACCACCACCGCCACUGAGAGAGCUGGAGGAUGACUGGUUUGUGCUACUGGAUGUUGCACCUAAAGUAUCAGCGGUGGUUCCAGCUGUAGUGAGCGUCCAGCAUGAGUUGGGGCCAGUAGACAUAAAGCCGAUCAGGAGAGUGCAGAUAGUGGAAGAGACCAUUCAACUGGAGCAGAGGGUUGUAUCCCAACCAACACCUAGAGAAGUGGAUGAUGAUUGGUUUAUCCUGUCGGACCGUGUUCCCGUGGAGACGAUGACCUUUGUCCCAGCUGCACGAGAGGUUGUAGAGGAGAGAACGUUGGUGAUUGAGGAGACUGGGAGGAAGGAGGAGAGGGUGCUGGUGGCCGUGGGAAGCCAUCAGCCUGAGGUCGUGGUGGUGCAGAGAACACCACCUGUAGACAGAGAGGAGGGAGUUGAUUGGUUUGUGCUCUUCGAAGCCAUCCGCGAGGAACCUCCUAAGAUUCCUAAAGUGAGUGAAGUCAGACCUGGCUAUACGGCUGGAGUUCGAACCCUAGAGCAGCGAGUAUGGGAGACGGUCACCACAGUGGAGGAGAUACCGCAGGAGAUACCCACACAGAGGGUGCCUCAGCCCCAGAGGGAUGUGGAAGACGAUUGGUUUAUCUUGCUGGAAGUUGCCCAUAAAGAAUCAGCUGUACAAAAGCGCAUUCAGAUUUUCCCAGACAUUCCACCUAUGGUCAAAGCUCCAACCAUAGAGCCUAGACCUACAGCGCUUGAUGAGAAGAGACCAAUGUUUGAGAAGAGAAUUCUGGAGGAAAGGCGGCCGCGAGCGCAGAGAGAGGUGGUGGAUGACUGGUUUGUUUUGCUGGAUGUUGACUCAGUGGUGAGCACCCACCGAGGCGCCCGCCCCGUCAGCGCCCCGGUCUUCUCCCAGGCCGCCCUGAUGGAGGCCGGCAUCCCCAUGGCCCCCCUGGAGCAGCCCCAGACCUCCACCCCCAUCAGCAGGCCCGGACGCCCGGAGGACAGGAAGCUGGAGGUCACCGUGGAGGCCGUGGAGCCUUCCAAACCAGAGGGCGACGUCAAGACAGCAGCGGGGAGGCAGCAGAGAGAGGCUGUCUCCACGGUGACAGCCACCACCAAUGGGGAGACUUGGCCUCAGUCUGAGGACACAAGCACGGAGCAGGUUCGAAUGCGCAAGAAAAGAGCUAGGAGAAUUGAGGGUGACUCAAUUUAUAUCAGACAUAGCCUUUUAAUGUUGGAGGAGUUUGAGAAGCCCCAGGAGGACCUGCUGAGGCACCACGCCAGCAUCAGCGAGCUGAAGAGGAACUUCAUGCAGUCUGUCCCCGAGCACCGCCCCAGCGAGUGGGACAAGCGCCUGUCCACCCACUCCCCCUUCCGGAGCGCGGGCGUCAACGGCCAGUCACUGGCCGGCGCAGACGGGAGUGUAUGCUUUACCCCUGUAAGGGAUGACUCCCCCACUAGGGCGGAGCAGGAGGCCGGCCUCAGUGUGGGGGGGGCUCUUCUCCCCGACCCCAACGUGACCCCAAACGCCUUACGGGGGCCUUGCGGGGCUCAGUCCCACAAUGCACCUGAAGGGGCGGAGUCAGGGGACGAGGACGAGGGUGUGGUUUCUGGGAACGACCUCGUACCCAUCGUCGAGGUGGAACUGGCCCAGCUCCACAACCCCUAUCAGCCCUCCUGCCCAGCCCUGGAGGAGGAGGAGGAGGAGGAGGAGGAGGAGGAGGGGAAGGAGGAUACAGACCCCAGCCUGGAGCAGUCUGUCAGGAUAGCCGGGGCCCUUCAUGCCUCCUAUUUCGUGGGCGGUGGUCCCCAGGUCAUUCGCUGUUUCAAGCCCCCCCUGGUGCAGACGCACACAGUCACCAUCUCAGACUCGUCCAACUCCCUCCCCGCUGGCACCACCACCAGGGACGUCCCCAUUGUCCAGACCCACAGCAAGACUAUCACCCAUGAGUCUGCACAGGUGGCGACGGAUGGGAUCGACGGGGACAAAGAUGGGUUGUCUCUGGCCAGCAUGCAGACCAUCACCUCGGACACCACCAGUGGCACCACGGUCACCACCACAACCACCCACAUCUCCAAGGUGGUGAAGAGUGGCUCUUCAGAGACCCGCGUGGAGAAGAGAAUCGUCAUCACGGCAGACUCUGAGACAGUAGACCAAGAGCAGGGUAGUGGCGUGGGAGCAGACUCCAUGUGAUCUGACUCCCUGUCACCUGGCUUUGCUUUCAACUGCCCCCCCCCCUACCUCCAGCUUCUGUGAGCAGAGCCCCCCCCCAAACACACAUACACCGCCCCCCCCCCCCCCCACACACACACACACACACCUGCGCGUGCCUCACAGUAGACAAGCCCUAUGGAUCUGAUGCAAACCAAGCCGGCCACCUUGAGAGAGAAGAAACUCGUCAUUGUGACCCAGAAACAGCCGGCGCCAUACUGUCUCUGCUCUGCUCUAGAAUCCUGUCUAUCCUGCCAAGGCAGUCCCAAGACAGGCAAGAGCUUGAGCCCUUGCAGGCAAAGACUUCCACACUUGUGUGGAAUGUCAUGAUUGCCAUUGAACCCUUGGUUUCCACAGUGCUGUCCUGUGUGUUCUGAAGUUUUUUUUUUCUGAACACGCGUGGCUUCUUGUAUACUCUGACCACUCAUCUCAUAUCUUCAGUCUGGUGUAUAAAACACCAUUUUUACUUUUUUUAUUUUGUAGAUGGAAAAAAGUUUUCAGUUUAAAGAUGAUUCUGUCCCUUUUUGGUUUAAAAAUGCUUAUUAACACCAUCUUGUCCAUUGGUUUUCACGUCUUUUGUCAGUACUUCUAGACAUUUUACUGGCUGGUUUUAUAUUAAAAGCAAUCUUUGGGGGCGGCUUAUAAGUAAAUGAUAGUACUUGAAUUGAAAUAACCGUAUUUCAAUACACAGGGUUGUUUAUAAGGGAACUCCUUCCUUGUUUAUGUGUUUACUUUUAUGAUUAAUGAGCAGUUAGGACUUAUAUUCAAAUGAUAUACCUCACCAUGAAGUAUUGAACUGACGUGUUUCAUACUUAAAUCUGGACUGCUGUUUGGCCUAGUUCUCUGCUCAGGUAAAAUACUAAUACAAUAUUUUGUCUCUUCCACAACCAGCCAAGUAAACAGAUGUACUGUACUAAUAGUACACACCUUUUUGUAAACUUUCGAUUGAAAUCUAUUUUAAAAUGCUACUCUAUUUUAUAGGAUUAAUGCUUUUAUAGUAUUUGUACAAAAUGAGGUUUUUAAGUUAUUGAAAUCCAUCCACUCUAUUAUAGGUUAACAUAUCAUCUUUUCUUUGUUUUGUACACCUUAAAAAUGGCGUGGCCCAUUUUCCAUGACAUGCCCUUAUUUGAUCCUUCACUACAUCUUUUAAUGCAUUGUUGAGUACAAAAGACAGCUCCCUGUUAGUCCGCUGUCGGUAGAAUUUACUCCCCUUUUUGUUCUUUUUGCUUUCAAAUCGUGAUUGAUUUGCAAAGCUGUUGUUGAACAAGCUUUGGUAUUUGUAUCUCAGGUUUUGUUCGUUCUUUCUUUACAGUGAGACAAAAGACCUCUUGUAUGAUUGUAUGAAGAAUGUCCAGACACAGCAUGUAUAUCCAUCCCUACUAUUGAUGUACAUUCUUGCCCAGCCAAUGGGGUCUACAAUGUGAAGCUAGCUCAGAUCUGUUAUACAAUAAUGGUCUGUUUUUAAAGAUGUAUUUAUCAAAGGCAGCUGUUUCAGUGUAUGUGGCAUUUCUUUCAUAGGGGUGUAUCUUUUGUCUUUUGUACAUGUGCUACCAUAAUUUAUUUGUGAAGUAGGGACUGUUUCCUGUGAUUCUACGUACAUUGAUGUUUUAAUUCCAGCCUGUUUUCAGGCUUUUAUCAGAGUUAUCACAAUGUUGUUCACAAUUGCAUUCAUUAUCAACCAAGUUUGUAAUGCUUUCUUAACACUUAGAAAAUAGACUCUUCUAUCACUUGCUGUGUUUGAUCCUUUUGUAGAGCAAAUAAUGUUAAAUGUAAGUCCCUCUGGAGACAGCCCAUUUGGUAGCGUACUUUCUUACCCAUAUUUUGGUGGCUUAGCUGAAGGGAAUGUGAGUCCUUGAACAGAGCAAAGCUGUAGUUUUUAGAACUCAAAAAAACAUUAAUGCUUUCCUGUGACUUAUCCAUGCUUUUUUAAGAAAAAUAAAUCUAAAAUUGAAAAAAUAAACCUGAAUUA